AAAUAUCGAGUUUCUUUCUCUGAGUUUUUGCUAUUUAAUGUUUUAACGUUUUAUCUUAUAAUUACUCUUUAAAAUUUAAGUCUAAAGUUUGUCAUAUUUUAGUAGUCAUGAGCCGCAAAGAAGCAUUGUCACAAUUUAUUCAACAAAUUCAUGGCCGACCUGUUGUUGUUAAAUUAAAUAGCGGAGUGGAUUAUAGAGGAGUAUUAGCUUGUCUUGAUGGCUACAUGAAUAUAGCACUAGAACAAACGGAGGAAUAUGUUAAUGGACAAUUAAAAGAUAAAUAUGGUGACGCUUUUAUACGUGGUAAUAAUGUAUUAUAUAUCAGUACGCAAAAACGUAGAACGUAACUAUGAAAUAAUAUAAUUUAUUUAUGAUUAUACUCUUUUUUUUAUAACAUACGAAACAUACAAAAUUAUUAUAUUUAUAUUAAUGUUUAAUGAAAAAUAACAUAAGUAUAUUAAGAAUUGUUUUUUGUAUGUAAGAAAUAAGAUGGACGAAUAAAUUAUUGAAGGAUAUCGUAAAUA